AUGGCGCCACCUAGCUGCCCUUGUUCUCAGAGAGGCACCAUCUACACAACAAGAUCCAGGAUCCUAAGAUCUUCCGAAAAGCAAUUAAAUCAGCCUGACGAGCAUUUCUGCAGCCUCUGCUAUGGACUAGGUGUCCUGCCUGAGCCUCUCUGUAAAAUCUCAGCCCAUCGGGCAGUACUUCUGAUGCAGUCCUUUCAGGCAGAAGAGCCAGUAAUCCCAGAAGGGCCACCAGAUUCCCUGACAAGAGCAGGUGGCCACCUGGAGACUCACACAGGUGGGAGCCAGCUGCCUCCAGCCUGGGCACCCAGCCAGCCCAGGCUCCCCUUUGGGCCAAGCUCCCAGAGGCCCAGGGCCUCACCAUCCUGCCUCUUCCCAGGCGCCCUCUCCUCUCCUCCUUCCAGAGGGCGGAGAGUCCUGGAGAUUGAGAAGUCAGGCGGCCUGCAGGAUCCAGGAGGCAUCCGUUGGCCGCUUCUGCUAUGCCUCUUCCUCAUCUUCACAACUGUCUACUUCAGCCUGUGGAAAGGAGUGAAGACUUCGGGGAAGGUGGUGUGGCUCACUGCCACUUUCCCCUACCUGGUACUCUUCAUCCUCCUGAUCCGAGGAGUCACCUUACCUGGAGCCUGGAGAGGCAUCGUCUUCUACCUCCAGCCCAACUGGGAGAAACUGCUGAGCACAUCAGUCUGGGUCGAUGCUGCAGCUCAGAUCUUUUUUUCUCUGGGUCUUGGAUUUGGAGUCCUGCUUGCUCUGUCCAGUUACAACCAGAUUAAUAACAACUGCUUCAGGGAUGCGCUUAUCACCAGCAUGGUGAACUGCUUGACCAGCUUCCUCUCCGGGUUUGUCAUCUUCACUGUCCUGGGCUACAUGGCUGAGAUGAGGGACAUCGAAGUAGAAGAAGUGGCAAGGGACAAAGGUCCCAGCCUCCUCUUCAUCACUUACCCCGAAGCCACUGCCAAUAUGGUGGGAUCCACAUUCUUCUCCAUUGUGUUUUUCCUCAUGAUGAUCACCUUGGGAUUAGACAGCACUUUUGGGGGCCUGGAGGCCAUCAUCACAGCUUUGAUAGAUGAAUAUCCACAGACCCUCACCCAAAGGAGGGAACUCUUGGUCCUGGGCCUGGUGGCUGUCUGCUUUCUGGGCUCACUUGCCACGCUGACCCAAGGAGGUGCGUAUGUGAUCAAGCUUCUGGAAGAAUUUGGUGCUAACUGCUCCAUUCUGGCUGUGGUGUUCUUGGAGGCGAUUACUGUUUCUUGGUUUUAUGGGAUUCAGCAGUUCUGUCAUGAUGUGAAGGUCAUGCUUGGCUUCAGCCCAGGCCUGUUUUGGAAGAUAUGCUGGGUAGCCAUCAGCCCUGCCUUCUUAGCAUUUUUAAUCAUCAGCUCCCUUCUGGACCAGUCUCCUCUUGUGCUGUUUGACUACCACUAUCCAGACUGGAGCAUCUCCAUUGGACAUCUGAUUGGCACUUCAUCAUGUAUCUGUAUCCCCAUCUACAUGGUCUACAAACUUAUCUGGACACCUGGAUCUCUCAAGCAGCGCCUGGAGGUUUGUCUGAGACCGGAGAAGAAGCCAAGUCAAAGCCAGCCACCUGAUUCCAUCUGCCUGCAUGCUCUUCCCACCAGACAUGCUGCAAAUGCUCCCGUCCAAUCAGCGUCUGCACUAAGAGCGGCAUCUGCUGCGCUCCAGAAACGCUUCUGGAAGAACAGAGCGCCCAACGAGGCUGUUAGUGGUAGAACGCGACGAGAAAGCGCCAAUCAAAGACGCCAGCUGGGGUGGUGGGCGGGCCCUGCGUCUCCUCCAUUCUUCCCGACGGACUACGCCAGGGCUCGUGAUACCCCAGGGCGGGGCAGGAGGGAGAAGAGCGUUUACAACUAUAGGAAGGAUCCUUUAGGGCGGGUCUCAAAGGAGAAGCCAAUCAUAAGGGCCCACUCGGGGCUGUCAGAGGGCCUAGCGGAGGAGGUAGCGCGGCGAGAAGAGGCAGUCCUCGAGGCAGGGGCGUGGUCUCCGCUCUGGGCGGAAGUCCCGCCCCCAGAAGCCGGCAUCGGUGGCGGCGGCGGCGGCGGCGCGCACUGGGGUCUGAGGCGAUGCAGCUGA